AUGUCGUUCUGUAUACCUCGGGCAUCUGGACCUUCUGCUGUGGCUUGUGUCGAUAUUUUAGACAAAACUGGCCUUGAAAGCACAUUUUUCCGCAUUUUCUAUCCGACUGAAAAAUUUGAACCCGACAAAAAAAUAUGCCCUCCUUGGAUGAACGAAACCUAUUUGAAUGGAUUUGCUGGACUUCUUGGUGGUGGCUGUGCUUCAAAAAUUAUGAAAUGCUUCCUAAAAUCCAAACUUGUUCCUGUGCGUUGGAAUGGACCACUCGAAAUGCCAAUGAACACCUCACAAUUGCCAGUAGUUGUUGUAUCUCAUGGACUCGGGCUGUCAAAAAAUGCACAUACUUUUCUUUCGAGUGAAAUUGCAUCUCGUGGAUUUUUUGUCGCGGCAGUCGAUCAUAAAGACAAAUCAGCUUCAGCAUCGCUUUACCUUGAAAAAGAAUCCGACGGUGAAUAUAAAGAAAAGUCUGUGGAAUUUCAGCACAUUAAGAUGCAAACGCCUGAAGAGCAGGAACUGAGAUAUCAGCAAAUCACUCAGAGAGUUGAUGAUAUCUCGAAACUUAUCGAUUGCGUGGAACAACUAAACGAUGGUACGUUAAACAACGUCCUGUCCGAAGAUGUCGAUUUGUCUGUUUUCAAAGAUAAACUUGAUGUAAAGAAAUGCGCAAUCAUUGGUCAUUCUUUUGGAGGAGGAACCACAAUUGCAGCAUUAGAGAAAGAAAGUCGAAUCAAAGUGUCAGUGGCAAUGGACGCUUGGUUAUAUCCCCUGGAACAAAAGUACUACAAGAUACCUAUAAACAAACCACUGCUUUAUAUCAAUGCAGAUGGUUACAUCGACAAAAAAGAAGUUUUACGAAUGCGAAGACUCGAUGCUGAUGUCACAGGCAUUGAUGCGGAAAGGAAAAUGGUCACGCUUCGUGGAGCGGUUCACAUGACCUACACCGAUAUGGGCUUUUUCCCUCGAAUAUCCUGCAUUGCCAAAAUGAUCGGGAUGAGAGGCCCAACCGACCCUGAAAUCACAAAUGAAAUGAACUUGAAGUUACUUCUUGGUUUCAUCGGGAGACAUUUGGAUCUUCCAUGUGCCGAAGAAGUUGAAACAAUUGUUUCAGAAAAUUCAGAUUUAUGCAUGAUGGGAACAAAUGUUGAAGUUGAAGAUCAAGAAAUCAAAGAAGCGAAGUUUUCAUCCCCUGACAUCGGCUCUGUGGCAGAAAAAGAACUAAAUGUCAAGUUAUAA